CGUUGUCGCACUUUUUUCCUUUCCCUUUCAAUUCCCACAAAAGAAUCUCUAUGACGACGGCGGCCGACCCAGAUAUCCGCUUACCCUCUUCCCAGUUUUCUCACGACGAGAAAAGCCGCCGCCGCAAGAAGCGGUCGAAACUGAUGAGAAUCGACGAUAUGAUGGCCUCAAGUUCGAGCGGCGUAGUUUCGAAGCCGAAACUUGGGAUCAGAAAGCCCGACCCAACUGCGCCGAAGAUCACUCGGCCGUGUAGCGAGUGCGGCAAGAAGUUCUGGUCGUGGAAGGCUUUGUUCGGCCACAUGCGGUGCCACCCUGAACGCCAGUGGCGAGGGAUCAACCCCCCGCAGAAUCUGCGCCGACCCGUCUCCCCGUCGCCGUCGCCGGCCAAUGCGGCGAGCGAUUUGGAAGGGCUAAUGAGCGAUGAUGAUCAUGAAGUUGCUGCGUGUUUGUUAAUGCUGGCCAAUGGGGGCAAUGCGAGUAUUGUCGGUUAUCAUCAUGAUGGGGUUGAUCAAGUAUUUGAUGGGUUUGUUCGGGUGGCGGUGGAGGAGGCGGGUGCGUCGGAGACGAGCUGCCGGUUUGAGUGUUCAAGUUGCAAGAAGGUGUUUGGGUCGCACCAGGCGUUGGGAGGGCACAGGGCGAGUCACAAGAAUGUCAAAGGGUGUUUUGCGAUAAAUAGGAGCGACGGUGAUCAGGCGGAGGAGGACGGCCACAAUGGCAGUGGCGGGGGCGAUGAGAGGGAUAGCGUGGAGGACAAGGUAUUGAUGGUUUUGGGGACAGGGCACAAGUGCAGCAUUUGCUUGAGGGUGUUUUCGACUGGUCAAGCUUUGGGCGGGCACAAGAGGUGCCAUUGGGAGAAAGGGGAAGGUUUCUCUGGUUUGGACUUAAAUUUGCCUGCCCCAAUGGAAGAUGGGUCCUCUUCUUCUUAUUCUUCUUCAGGAUUGACACUGGAUUUAAGGUUGGGACUAUGAAAGAUAGAGAUUCUUGUCUGCUUAGUACUGAUAUAUACCUUGUAAUCUAGGGUUAAUUAGUAUAUUCUGUGGUAUAUUCUGUAACAUUGAUAAUAUCUGACUU